GGCUUCCCAGCCCACCUUGUUUUGGGCAUAAAAACAUGUCUUGCGAGUAGAGCUCAUCUAGUGAUCCAAAAAAAGGGAGACUCCAUCAGCAAAGGUGCUGGGAACAGCAGCCAUUGCGCCGUCCAGGAAUUCUACAACCGUAUAUUUUUUAUCAGUCAUUUCUACAAAGUAAAGGAAGGAAAGCAGGUAGCAAAGCAUCUUUGCAUUGCCAUCCCUGACCACCAGAUGGAGAGAGGGCUCUGUCACAUCCACAGAAAGGUUUGGACCUCACCACGGUGUUUGUUUUCCCCGGAAGAGGCCACUCAGAGCCUAACAAAUAUGCUCCACUUCCAGCCAGUACCAGGUCAGUUUGAUCCAGAGGUCCGCGAGCCGGGCCUCCGAGUAUGGAGGGUGGAGAAGAUGAAGGCGGUGCUGCUGGAUCCCUCCGAGGUGGGAGCCUUUUAUAACGGGGACUCCUAUCUGGUGCUGGAGAACCGUGGUCAGUCGGGAGCCGACCUCCACAUGUGGAUAGGUGAGAAGUCGUCUAGGGACGAGCAGGUGGCGUGUGCCAUGCUGGCCACGCAGCUGGACAACUUUCUGAGCGGUGACCCCAUUCAGCACCGGCAGGUCCAGGGCUACGAGUCCCCGGAGUUCAUGGCUCUCUUCCCCAGAGGAGUCAGCUACAAGGUGGGUGGUGUGGAGUCGGGCUUCAGGAGGCCUCAGGGCUCCGCGGCAGUGCAGAGGUUGUACCAGAUCAAAGGGAAACGCAAUAUCCGUGCCAAGGAGGUGGACCUGUCCUGGAGCAGCUUCAACAAAGGAGACUGCUUCAUCCUAGACCUCGGAGAGAUCAUUGUGUCGUGGAUCGGGUCGCAGGCCAACAUCUUUGAGAAGCAGAAGGUGCGUGAGAUCGCCUUGCUGAUUCGUGACACAGAGAGACACGGUAAAGCCCGAAUCGUCGACUGCAAUGAAGGGGAGGAACCGGAGGAGAUGCUCAAGGUCCUGGGACAGAUGCCUCAGCUGGCAGAGAGCACACCAGAAGAGGACAGCAAAGCAGACACUUCCAACUCUGCCUCCCUCUACAAGGUGUCUAAUGCAACAGGUUCCAUGACGAUGACCAAAGUGUCGGAGAAGAGCCCGUUUGCCAUGGAUCUGCUGGUUCGUGACGACUGCUUCAUUCUGGAUAACGGCGCCAACGGAAAGAUCUUCGUCUGGAAAGGUAAUGGCGCAAAUGCUGAGGAGAAGCAGGUGGCCCUCCAGAUGGCGGAUAACUUCAUCGAACAAAUGAAGUACCCCAAGAUGAAAACACAGGUGGAGAUACUGCCACAGGGGAAGGAGACCAUCAUCUUCAAGCAGUUCUUCAAGAACUGGAACUAAAACACAACAUGGGAACAUUUGACAAAUCCUGCACGCAAGAAGAAGAAGCUGUAUAUCUGAAAACGGACAGCAUCUGAUACAAAAUAUUUUUUUUAUAUGCAUUUACAUGUAUGUACAUAUUUGUAAGGUACCGUGCAGACACAGCACGCUGAAGUUUGUUUUUAAAUUGGUAAAAUAAGAGAUGUGAUGCCACUUUUAUAAAUACAAACAAGUUUCUUCUAUUGAGGUUAUUAAGAUUUUAAAGUAAAUGAGUUUGGAUUUUCUUUUUUUUUUACAGUUUUAGUGUCACCGAUUUGGAAAAAAUAAAACUGAAACUGCUUGCUACUUCUCCAGUAGUUUGAUGUUUUUCCCCUGUCAACCAGUUAACUGUGAAAUGUGGUGCCUGCACUUAUGACAGCAGUUUUUGCAUUUUAUUGUUUAAACUAUGCCUUUUCUGUUGUCAUGACUGCUGAAUGUAACCUGCACACAAUAACCUAGUAUGAUGAUCUCACAGUCAACUGUAAAUGUUGGUGGAAUUUAACCCCAUAUUUACUCAAAGGCUUCACCUACUACCUAUUCGGCUGAUUACUGCAGGUCAAAAAGGUAGGGUGAUGAUACGUGUCGGGUAGGACAACAAUACAAUGUUUUAUUCUGAUGUUCCUUCAGUAGCUAACGAGGAAGUAAAUGGGUGAAUGUGGGGAAAAAUGUGA